CAACUGGUCAAGGGCCAUCCCCGCGGGGUGAGAGGGGACCCCGGGAUUCACACAUAAAGCCCAGGCGAAGACGAUCAUUCCUUCAUCACUCCUGCCGCCAUCAUCAACGACAACCUAACAACAGUGGUCUAGAUUCCAAAGAUGAAUACCUCCACCAUCGAAGACAUUGGCAAGGCUGACGGCCUUGUCCACUCGGACGACAAACAUGAGGUCGAGAUGCUUGAGCAUGAGCACAAGCCUUCUGACGCCGCCGCCACCGCCGGUAUCGAUAUGCGCGGUCAGGAACUCACCGGAUACGAGGAUUUGACCCUGUUUCAAACCUUGAUGAAGUUCAAGAAGACCAGCUUGAUAUGCUUUGCCGUCACUUUUUCGGCUUGUGCCGAGGGAUACGAGAUCGGAAUGGCGAACAAUAUCAACGCCAACCCCGGUUUCAAUCAUGCCAUCGGAAGCCAGGUUAACCCCGUCGACGGCGAACGAAUCCUAUCUGCAAGUCAGUUGGCGGUCUGGACUCCUAUCAGUACUACCGGUCAAGUCUUGGGCCAGGUCGGAUUCCCUUUCAUCUCCUCAUGGUUCGGACGCAAGUGGUCCUUGUUCCUCAUUUGGUUGCUCGCCACUAUUGCCAUCACGAUGCAGACCAUUGCGACCAAGGAUGCGGUUUGGGCUGCGAGUAAGAUCUUCACAGGGAUGUCUGUCGGAGCACUUCAGACGGUGGUCCCUAUGUACGUCUGUGAACUGGCCCCGACCAAGAUCAGAGGUUCCUUGAUAUCUUUUUAUAACUUUUGGUUCCAACUGGGGAACUUUUUCCCUCCCAUCGUGUUUCAGUGCCUCAAGGAAAGCGGCAUGGAGAGAGACUGGAAGUUGCCCAUCUAUACCCAGUGGGCCACAAUCGGAGUAAUCGGGGUCGUCUUCUUUUUCGCUCCCGAAUCGCCAGUUUGGUGCGCUCAAAAGGGCAAGCGGGACCGUGGAAUUGCCAUCCUUACUCGAUUGAACGGCAAGAUCGAUGGCUACAACGCCGAGAAGCAGUACGAUAUCCUCUCGAGAAGCGCAGAGUAUGAAAAGGCCCAAAACGCCGAGGUCCGGAAAGAAUACUGGUUCAACGUCUUUCUUGGAUCGAACCUCCUGCGACUCAUCAUCUCGACAUGGACAACGCUCAGUUUCCAGAUGCUCGGUCUCGGAUUAUUCUUAUCCUAUGCGUCCGUGUUCUACACUGCAGCGGGUGUGGACGAUCCGUUCAUCAUCGUGAUCAUCAACAACUGUGUGACUCUUGGUUCGAUCGUGCCGAUCAUCAUCUUUGCGGACAAGAUCGGAAGACGUUGGGUGUGCAUUAUAGGCCUUGGCCUGAUGUGGAUCGCCUGCCUCCUAGUCGGUAUCCUCGGGAUUGUCGACAAGGGAAAGGUCGUCAAUGCGUUACUUGUACUAUUCACUUGCAUCUGGACUCUUGGUCUGCAGACUGCCGCCACCGCAGCAUACGGAUAUCUUGCCGAGACUUCCACCCAGAGCCUUCGAGAGUAUACCGCCGGAUGGGCAUACGCUUGCUCUACUAUUUUCGGAGCUACUUGGGGAAUCUUGAUUCCUUACAUGGUCAACGAGGCGGAAUGGAAUUGGAAUCUCAAAACCGGGUUCUUCUUCUUCGGUGUUGGUUCCUUCUUCGCCGUGGGAGCCUGGUUCGUCCUGCCGGAGACAUCGAAAAGGACCUCUGCCGAGUUGGACGAAUUGUUCGCCCGCAAGAUCAAGCCUUGGAGGUUCCACAAGACCAAGACGGCCAUACAGUUGGCUGCCGAGGAGGAAAAGGAGCAACAGCGGGAGAUAGGCGAGAUUUAGUCCAGGUAUUCAGAUGCCUAUCGAGAUACCGUAUGCGUUCUCGGGAAUACUGGCACGGCCGUUCCCAUCCCAAAUGUGGUAUUCUCCUGACUCAUCCAUUCAAAGACUUGUAAACGGUACUAGGAGAGGUCUAGAGAAAGGGGGAAAGAGUACCGACCGAAAGCAAUCAGAUCCAAUUGUAUAGUCUGGUAAGAACUCCUGGUGUGUCAAUGCCAAUUCUAUCGAUGUAUGUCAAUUCUCGG